CUCUCCAGUCCCUCUGGCACGCUCCUCAUGUCAUCCUGAUCUCACUCAUCGUCUCUUCUCCAGGACUUUGUAAAGGAGACGGAAGGGAAGAGGACUUCACGGAGGGGCGGACUGGAGCAGCGUUUCAGUCAGAUGAACAAAUCCAGCGUGUUUGAAAGGAGCCGUCAGCGCUGGGCGUAGUUAUUCCAGUUUCAGCCUCAUCUACACCUGCACAGCUCCAGCUGGCUCUGCUGGACUUUCAGUAUGGGCUCUAACCAGAGCAGCAACAAGCUCCACUGUAAUCGUUAUCUGGAUGGACAGGGUCCUCCAUCACUAGAACAACAAGUAAAUGAGGCAUUGAAGAGCACCUCAUCACACAACUGCCAACCUCAAGGCCAGAUGACCUGGGUUAUUCUUCACAGAGACUUACCAGGAUACCCUAAGGACAACACCCUGCAGAUCAGCUACACAUUCCCAGACGGAAUACAGGCGGACAAACACCCUCACCCCGGCCAGCCUUUUGCAGGGCAGACGCUGUUGGCAUACCUGCCAGACAACCAUGAGGGAAGAGCAGUCCUGAAGCUGCUGGAGAAGGCCUUCCACCAGCAGCUCCUAUUUACCAUAGCUACCAGUAAAAGUGGAGAAGAUGUGAUAACGCCUGCUUCCAUUCCACUAAAGACACAGCCAGAAGGAGGAGCCAUAGUUAAUGGUUACCCAGACAUUGACUACCUGAAGACUGUGAAGAAGACACUUAAAGAAAAAGGCAUCAAGUAGGACGAUCCACAGGAGGGACGAUGAAGGCAGAAACCUGGACAGCCAGAGAACCUCGAACAAAUGCUGACGUGUAACUUAGAUGUAUUCAAAAAUAAAUAUAUUAUAAAAACUUUAAAUAAAUGUUUAUUUUGUGAUUAAUAAUCGUUUUAGUUUGAUGCAAAGUGUUCAUUCUGAACGUUGGUGGUAUUUAAAAUGAAACCAUCAUUUUAAUUGUGUCAUUGUAAAAAUAAUGUAAUAAAAUGUGAAAAUGCA